AUGCUAAGAAUUGUUAAUGUCAGUCAUGAUCCAGUACUUGGUACAAUGGCAUUUAUCUAUCGAAUAAGAGACUUGUUAGUUGAAAAAUUCAGCGAAGCAAAAAAGAAGAAUAAAAAUCUUGUAGUUAAAAACAAUCGGGCGAUGUCUAAAUUAACUCAAGAAGCCUCAAAUGUGCUAAUGAAAUUGAGUGCAAAUAACGAAAUAUUUGCUCAAGUUGAGAAUGUUUUUGAUGGAGAAGAUCUUAGAGUUAAAGUAACUCGUGCUGAAAUGGAGUCGUUAUGCUCAGAUUUAUUUGAACGUAUUAGAAAACCAUUCUUAGAUAUGAUGUCAGAUACUCCAUUGGAGUCUUUGCAAGAAGUUAUUCUUAUGGGAGGAGGUACACGUAUUCCUAAAGUACAGUCUGUUUUACUUGAAUUAAGUAAAAAGACAGAAUUGCAUAAAGGUGUCAAUAGUGAUGAAGCUGCUGCCCUAGGCGCUGUAUAUCAAGCUGCAUUUCAUACUCCUGGUUUCCGUGUAACUCGAUUUAUUGUUAAAGACUAUAAUCCUUAUCCUAUUGCUGUUGACUUUAUGCGUGCUCCAGCAUCAUCUGAUGAGAAGUUGAAUAAAGACUCAAAAACUGAUGCACAAUCAGAUUCAUCACCGUAUGUUCGACAAGUUCUUUUUCCACGUGGUGCUGUUUUCCCUCAAAAACGUACAAUUAAAUUCAAUCGACAUGUAAAUGAUUUAGACUUUUAUGUGAAUUAUGCUGAUCUUGAUGGAUUUGAAAAAAGUUUUCUGGGACCGAAUUAUAACCUUAGUCAUGUGACUACAAGAAAUGUGUCAAAGUCUGCUAAACAGUACUCAUUCGCUGAACCACGUGGCGUCAAAGCGCAUUUCACUAUGGAUCAUAAUGGAAUUCUUAUUCUUAGUGGUGUCAGUUGUAUAUUUCAUCCAAUUGAGAAAACUGAGACAUCUGGUGACUCAGCAAAGGAGAAGUCUACUUUUGAAAAAAUCGGUAAUACUUUGAGUGGUCUCUUUGGUGGUGGUAGUGGUGGUGGUAAGAGUGAUGAAGAAAAAUCGUCGGAUCAUGAUGCAAAUGUCAAUGAGGCAGUUGCUGGUGGCAAUUCAACAGAUGUCAAUAUGACGUCUGUAAACAACACCUCGACUACUUCAGAUAAUCAAACUAUUUCUCAUGACACUGACACUAAUUCUGGGCAAAGUCAGCAAGAUAAUGCUGUGAAGCCUACAGUACCAUUUCCUGAACCUAUUGACUAUGAAAUCAAUUAUGUUGAUUUCCCUCAAUUACCUUCGGAUGUGUUAGUGGCUUCAUUAUCUAAAUUAAAUAAAUUACGAGAAGCAGAUAAAGCUAAGGCGGCACUGGAAGCAUCAAUUAAUCAACUUGAAACUUUACUUAUUGAUAUACGUGAUAAAAUUUCAACUGAUUAUGCUAAAUAUGGAACAAAAGAAGAAAUUGUACACUUAGAAGGUGUCUUACAAAUUAUCUCUGAUUGGUUCGAUGAAACUGGUCAUGAGGGUACAAAAGAUGAGUAUGAUUCAAGAAUCAAAGAAAUGCAAGUGAUAAUUAAUCCUAUGGAGAAGAGACGUAUUGAAGCUAAACAUCGUCCAAAGGCUAUGUCAUCAUUUGAUAAGACACUAGCACUAGCUGAUAAAACUUUAGCACAAAUGAUUGAAUUAUCAAAUCUAUUCGCUAAAACAUUAAAAGCUAUGCCAGUUGAACAGAAUGAAUCAACACCUGGAUCUGAACGAUCAUGGUCAAAUGUAUUCACUGAGGUGGAGAUUCAAACAUUUACAAAUAAGAUUAAUGAAACUAAGACCUGGUUAGCACAAUCCACUGAUGCUUUGAACAAAUCACCAACUCAACAAGAUCCUCCUGUACUGGUUUCUGAUAUACAGACUAAAGAGAAAGAAUUAUCACGAGAAAUUGUUUAUCAUACAACGAAAAUGGAUUUAUGGAGAUCAGAAAUUGCUCGUAUGUUUGCUGAACAAACGAAAAUGAAUUUCACAGCAUCACAAACAGUGAAACCGGAUGAAGGAGAAAAAGUGGUGAAGGGUGGUGAUGAUAAGUCAACUGUAGAGCCAGUAGUUAUCCAAAAGGAUGAAGAAUCCAAGAAGUCAACACCGGAACCUACACCAACACCAAGACCGGAACUGUGAUAUGAAGAAUUGUGAACCCGAAGGAAUUUCAAUCAUUUCAAUCGUAUAUGUAUAUGUAAAUGUCAGUUAAGCCUUCUGCUAGUCUUUGUGUGUAUUUGAUUCAAAUUUAUCCUUUAGUGGUUACUUACUUUAAUAUCCAAUCGUACAAAAAAAUACACUGCUGUGAUGUUCAUUCACUUGAUUGCUUGCAGUAAGUAAGUAAGGUAUUUCUCUUUCUUUUGUAUACUUCUGUCUUAACUGGACCCUGUUUCGUAGAAUGUUAUUGUAGGGCGUUAAUUUUCAAUUAUUGUUGUUAACACACACAUAUAUAUACAUAUACAUAGAUAUUUUUCUAUUUGUAUGAAUAUGUGCUGUGUUCAUUGUUAUUUUGAGUAUUUUACUAGCGAUAGUA